UUGAAUGCCAACAUGUCAAUUUUCUUGGUGUAAACAAAAAUUUCAUUCCAAACGCUAUUAUUUCUACGCGCUGAUCAAAUUUUUAUGCUACUAAUAUAAAUAAUUUACGUGCUGCAAGUAUGAUUAAGCUAGAUACAUUAUUAGAAGAUUGUGACACAAGCACACAUGAAGGGAUUGAUGAAGCCUGCCGGAAGAUUUCAAUAAAAGAGAAAGAGAUCGACUCCCGUUUGGAGGAUAUUCUUUCGCAGCAAUGUCAACUGGAAGCCAAGAUGCGAAAUAUCGGAAUGGCUCUGACCAGCCUUUCGCUGGUGGCGGACAAAAGUCGAAAUCUGUCGAUGAUGAUUGACCACACGUCUCAGUUGGCGGAGAACGUAAGCGCCAAGGUACGCCGGUUGGAUGAGGCCAGGGGUCGCGUUUCCGAGUGCCAGCAGCGAGUGCACGAUUUGAUCGAUCUGCAGUUGUGCAGUCAGGGUGUGAUAACCGCGAUCAAAGAGGAAGAUUUCGAAAAAGGAGCCGUGCACGUGAAUCGUUUCCUAUCGAUGGACAAAAACCUCCUGCAGAAAACAGCGGAUGAUGUUUCGGGAUCAAUCACGUCGGUAAGUAAGGCGGUUUCAACUUUGGAGCAGGCCGCGACACAGAUACGGCAAGUGGUGAAUCAAAAGUUCGACGAGGCCGUUAAAAAGGAUGACCUUGCGUCGGUGGAAAGGUUUUUCAAAAUUUUCCCCUUACUCGGUAUGCAUGACGAAGGGUUGGAAAAGUUUAUGAACUAUAUUUGUACCAAGUUACAAGCUAAAGCACAGAAAGAGCUACGUUCUUCGAUGGAUAUUGCUAAGGCUGAGAAACGGGCCACAGUUGCCUAUUCCGAUACGCUGACUGUUCUUCUGGAGAACAUUGCCCGUGUGGUGGAAGUCAAUCAAGCGAUUAUAGAGAAUUGUUACGGAGCCGGACGAUUGGUGCAAGUUGUGGCCAUACUGCAGAGGGAAUGCGAUGACGAGGUUGUAAAGCUGGUGCUGGAAUUCAACAAAAAUCGUCAAACCGGCCGAAGGGUUGCACAAAUCAAUGACUACAUCAAGAACAGUGGAAACCCGGCUGCAAUGGGCCAUUAUCGGAAAGCUUCGGGUGGAGGAUCGGUGGACAAGUUGAAUGCUAAGGACAUCGAUGCGUUGAUAGGAGAAAUUACCAUUAUACAUUCCAGAGCGGAGUUGUACAUCAAAUUCAUCAAGCGGAGAUGUUUGACUGAUCUUGAUAAAAGUACACUCGAAACAGAGGCAAAGGAUGCAAAACUCAAGCAGCUUGACGAUCUCAUCAAAAAGUCCCGCCUGAGUACUCAGAUGCAGGAGGUUCUUGGGACCUACCUGCUCUUCGAGCGCUACUUUAUGGAAGAGAGUGUCCUCAAAGCAAUAGCCCUGGAUAACCUGGAAGCUGGUCAACAGUGCUCGAGUAUGUUGGACGACGUGUUUUUCAUCAUUCGAAAGUGCAUCCGACGUUCGAAUGGUACCCAGUCGUUGGAUGGCGUUUGUGCAGUUAUCAACAAUGCCGCGAGCUGCCUGGAACAGGAUUUUAUGAAUGCGCUGAAAAGUCCACUGAAAGCGGGUUAUCCUACGGGUUAUAUGGACCUAGCACAGUCGGCUCUACAGAGCUCCAUUCAGCAGGGGCGGCUGCAGACUAGCGACGUUGACCAGGCCAGAAGCAAAUUUAUUACGGCUUUGAACAACGCUGACAUGUCUACGGAGUUCAUCGAAACGCUGCGAUCUAUGAUGUCCGAGGAGAUAAAAAUGAACUUCCCAGCGAUGACGGUGCGAGAGAAGGAAAAAUUAGACAGUUGUCUGUCCGGUUUGAAAUCGGUUGGUGAUUCGUUAAAAGCGUUGGUGGACUUUGGACUACAACAGCUGCGCACGUCCGCCAUUAAGCCUCGACUGCAUCCCUGGGUAGACCAAUUUAUCUCCCACAAUCACAAUCUAACCGAAGAGGAACUUGCUACCUAUGAAGCCGGUGAAACCUUCAUUCAAUAUCUGAUUGUACAAAUCGACGGAUUGUUCACCUUGUUCAAGUCUGCGUUGACACCGAGAAACUUCGAUGCCUUGGUUAGCAUAGUGACCACCGAAAUAACGGCUCGAUUGGAGCGCGCCAUCAAAAAAUCCACAUUCAACCGUCUCGGUGGGCUGGUACUAGAUCAAGAGGCUCGUGCUCUGGCAUCGUUUCUCACGGGGGCCACAUCGUGGUCGGUGCGGGACAAACUAGCCAAACUCCUGCAGAUGGCUACGAUUCUAAACCUGGAAAGUGUGUCUGAGCUGCCGGAGUACUGGGAUUCCUCGUCGGCCACGUGGCGAUUGACCCCGAAUGAGGUGCGAACGAUUUUGGCGUUGAGGAUCGACUUCAAAAUGGAAGACAUCAAAAGGCUAAAAUUGUAAUACAAUUAUUACAAUUUUUAGAGGUGAGUUCCAGGUAAGCAAUAUUUUCAGUUUUGUGUAAGUGGGACACAACUCAAAAUUUGUAAUUUUUGAAGUUUUGAUAGCAAAUAUUGGAAAACCAUGUAAGCUUUCAUCUCACAACACAGACUUAUUCUGAAAUUUGAAUGAUUUACAUAAUAAUGAAACGCGAGAUUUAAACAAAGACACAACUUAAAACCAAUCAACUUUUUUAAUAGUUGUUUCAAAAUACGUAUAAUCAUUCAAAACGCGUGAUAUAGAUAUUCGUUUUCUAGAUACAAUGAUUGAAGUUGGCAUAUUUUUGUCUAAUGACAAAUUAGACAGUAGAGUGCAUAAAUUUCCAAACCCUCUAUUUUUUUCAGUUGUGUCCCUCUUGUACGACAGUGAAAAUAUCAUAUUUUUGAAGCUGGUAAUAACAUUUAUUCUAUACAUACAUAUAAUAUCUGCUAAAUGUAAACGAAAAGUUGGUAUAUUAUA